GUGCUACUGGCUUUGGCGCCGCUGUUCCAGGACCUACAGCGGAGCGUGCUGGCCUGUGUCAUUGUAGUCAGCCUGCGGGGGGCCCUGCGCAAGGUGCGAGACCUUCCACAGCUCUGGCAGCUGAGCCCAGCCGACGCACUGGUCUGGGUGGGCACCGCGGCCACCUGUGUGCUAGUCAGCACUGAGGCCGGGCUGUUGGCUGGUGUGAUCCUCUCGCUGCUCAGCCUGGCAGGCCGCAUGCAGCGCCCACAUGCCACACUGCUUGCCCGUGUCGGGGACUCAGCCUUCUACGAGGACACCUCAGAGUUUGAAGGCCUCAUCCCUGAACCCGGCGUGUGCGUGUUCCGUUUUGCGGGGCCCCUCUACUAUGCCAACAAAGACUUCUUUCUGAGGUCACUCUACAGCCUCACAGGGCUGGAUGCGGGGUGCUUGGCCACCAGGAGUAAGGAAAAGGGUGCAGAGGUGGGGGCUAGCGAGGGUGGCCCCGGCGACAGCAAGGACCCAGGUGCAGAGAGUGGCAGAGCAGCACUGGUGGCCCCAGUCGCCAGCUUCCACACGGUGGUCAUUGACUGUGCCCCACUGCUGUUCCUGGAUGCGAGCGGCAUGGCCACCCUGCGGGAACUGCACCGAAACUAUGGGGCUCUGGGUGUCAACCUACUGCUGGCCUGCUGCAGUCCUCCAGUGAGGGACGUCCUGAGGAAAGGUGGCUUCCUCAGGGAAGGCCCGGGGGACCUGGCAGAGGAGGAGCUGCUGUUCCCUAGUGUGCACAGCGCCGUGCAGGCCGCCAGAGCCCACCGUGGGGAGCUGGCAGCUGCUGACUCCUCCCUGUAG